CAUGCCGGCAUUGUUUUGAAUGAAAGUUGUCCUCCGACGAAAUCUGAUUCAAAACGUGCGUCUAAAUAAUUUUUGACUGUUCAAUCAUGACUUCGUCUUUAAGAACUAUCAUUAGGUGUCAUCCGUUUUCUCAUUUCAAAACUGUAGCAAUCCAGAGGACUCAACUUCGAUUUGCAUCAACGGCUAGUGGCGGGCGCUCUUUUCUCUCAAAAGCUGCAAUAUUUGUGGGUACUUUAGGUGUUGGCGGGGGGUUAUAUGGUUAUUUAUCUAGUUCUAAUAAAAAACAUCCUGAGACUGUAUCCUUCACUGAAAAGAAGGAUUAUUCUUUCAACCCAAAUGCUCCUGAUAUAAAGCCUUCUAGAGAGGUGCCUGGUCCAGCUGUUGACUUGGGCUUGGAGUUGACCCUGUAUCAAUAUCAGACCUGCCCAUUUUGUUGCAAAGUGCGUGCUUUUUUAGAUUUUUACGGUAUACCUUAUAAAGUAGUUGAAGUUAAUCCAGUCAUGCGGCAGCAGCUCAAGUUUUCUAAGUAUAAGAAGGUUCCUAUUCUUAUUGCUCAAGAAAAAGGUUCUUCUGUUAAGCAUCAACUCAAUGAUUCAACUGUCAUAAUAAGCAUAUUAGGGACAUUUUUGUUCGACAUAAAUAGUGGACUAGAAAAAGUUCUUCAAUAUUACGCACCAUUUGCUUAUAAGAAUGAAGAUGGUAAAGAAGUUGAAGAAGUUAUGAAUAAGUACUUCUUAAUGUAUGGUGACAAAUUACCAAAAGGAAGAUCAGAUGAAUUUGUAAAAACUGAAAGGAAGUGGCGAGAAUGGGCAGAUAAAGAAUUAGUGCACAUCCUUUCUCCGAACAUUUAUCGCACAUUUGAUGAGUCUCUUCAGUCUUUCAACUACUUUUCUGACGUCGGAGAAUGGGAAAAGAAUUUUUCAAGCCUUGAGAGGUUGUUUGUGAUAUAUGUUGGAGCAGCUGCUAUGUAUUUUAUCGGGAAGAGGUUGAAAAAAAGGCAUGCAUUGAAAGAUGAUGUUAGACAAUCACUAUAUGAUGGCUGUAAGCUAUGGAUGAAAGAGAUUGGUCCAAAAAGGAGAUUCCAUGGUGGCAAUACACCAAAUUUAGCUGAUUUGGCUGUAUAUGGCUUACUGAAUUCAAUAGAAGGGUGCCAAGCUUUUAAAGAUCUUCUCUUAAAUACUAAUAUUGGCAAAUGGUAUUAUGGAGUACAAGAAAUAGUUAAAAACCAUGAAGGUUAUAAACUAAUUUGCUAGUAAAUGGAAAUCAUUGUUAAUUGUGAUAGGUAGAUAAUUUAAUUGUAUCAAUUAUAAAAUAUUUAUAAUCAUUUUGUUUCAUUAUUCCAUAAUAUUGUUUCUCCUUCACCAUCACUUCAUAUAUUUGUUUCUAUUUCACCCUUAUUCUAAACAUUUAUUUAAAAAGCAUGAAUUUCUUUGAGAAAUUUCCCUUUUAUUUUCUAAAAUUGAUUUAUGUUUCAAAGAUUUUAAUACGUAAAAAAAAAUCUACCUUUAACAUUUUGUGAAAAAUGUAAAAAGUUAGUUAUUUUAUAUAUUAAUAAAUUUAACUUCAUUUGUUAAAUGAAUGUUUCCUUACUUACUGGGAAGAAAAUUAAUAUUGUAAUAAAAAUAAUUUUAAAGAUUAUUUUUAAUAAAGGAUUUCAUUGACAAAAAAUAUUAAACUCCUCUGUAGUUUCUAAAGUCGUUUCUUGAG